AUGGUGGCAGUCACGCAGGUCUCAUCGCAAGCCUUCUUCGAGCUGUCAGCCAGUUCGCUUCGAAUCUUCCAAAGGGCUGUGCAGUGUAUCGCAAAACUUGGCCGAGAUGCUGCCUUGAUCUUUCGCCCGGAAGAGUUGAUUCUUCACGGUGCCGAUGACGGCCACUCAGCAGCGUCCCAAUUUGCUUUCCGACGGAGGUUCUUCCGAUGCACUCCCACGCAGGCAGUGGUCCAGCAGGAGAUGCACGUGGUGGUGCUGGCACGUGCCCUUGCAGUUGCCCUGCGCGGUUCACCGCAGCGGACAGCGGAGGGCCUGCUCAUCGGCCUAGCAGGGCAGCGGCUGGUCCUGGAGUUCACCCGUCACGGCGGCAAGGUUCGGCACAAAGUUCCUUUGCUCGACACGUCGCCCUUUCUCCCCGGCGAGCCCCCGGCCGGCCCGCACGCGGCCGCCUUGGCCCCGGGUCUGUUGGCAAGGGUGCUGGACCACUGUGUACCCGCUGGGCGCAGCAGCUGUGAGGAGAUCAUCGCCCGACACUUGGCGAUCUUGGAGUCGGUCGAGAACCGCGCUGGGCGCACACCCUGCUGGGCUCUUGCAAGGUGUGUGCGGCUCCUCAAGGCCUCCGCCGACUCCUCAGAUCCGGUAUGA